GCUGGGCAAGUAACAGCUGCAGUGAUGGCUGCCAUUCAUGCUGGGCACUGCCACUUUGACUGUGCCUACGUGUACCGGAAUGAGAGUGAAGUUGGGGAACAGAUCCAGCAGAAAAUCAAGGAAGGUGUUGUGAAAUGAGAGGACCUUUCAUCGUCAGUAAGCUACAGUACACAUUUUAUGAAAAACCUCUGGUGAAGGGAGCGUGCCAGAACACUCUUGCCAACCUGAAACUGCAUUGCCUGGAUCUCUACCUCAUGCACUGGCCUCUUGGGUUCAAGGCAGGGGAGGAGCUGUUUCCCACAGAUGACAAAGGCAUGUCAAUACCCAGCAACACAGAUAUUCUACAUACAUGGGAGGCCAUGGAAGAGCUGGUGGAUGCUGGUAUACCAAAAGCCAUUGGUAUCUCCAACUUUAACCAUGAGUAGAUGUGGGAAUGGGAGUCUCACUAACGGACAUUCCUGAGUUUGAUUUUAAUGAGCAAACACUGCACCACCUGGCA